GUUUGCGCCUCGGCAAGCUGCACUUUGCCAUUCCACAACACAAGUGUGAGCAGCCGUUUAGUGAUGCUCUUUCGCCCCUUGAAGUCAGUUAUCAUGUCUGAGGCGGCUCUCAACAGAGUAGCGAUCCCUCCAAGGGGAGUCGACUACAGAGGAAAACUGGUUCUGGCACCAAUGGUUCGGUCGGGCGAAUUGCCAUCGCGCCUGCUGGCCCUCCACUAUGGCGCCGACUUGGUAUGGGGCCCCGAGACCGUCGACCGAUCCAUGUUGGGCACGACAAGACGGGUCAAUCCGUCCACCAAAACAAUCGACUUCAUCCGCAUCCCCCACCAAGGGCAGAAGCAGCCGCCGCCCAACGCCAAAGAGUCGGUGAUCUACCGGUUACACCCCGAGCGCGAAGGGCGCAAACUCAUCUUCCAAAUCGGCACUUCCGACCCAGACCGCGCCGUCGCAGCCGCGCGACUCAUCGCACCAGACGUGGCGGGGAUAGAUGUGAACGCAGGAUGCCCCAAAUCGUUCAGCACACACGACGGGAUGGGCGCGGCGCUCUUGAGGACACCUGAAAAGUUGGUAGCUAUCCUGGAGGCUCUGGUGAGGAACAUUGUACCCGAGUUCCAGAUUGGAAUCAGCGUGAAGAUCAGGAUACUGGAAACACCAGCAGAAACGGAAGCCCUGGUGAGGAGACUGGUAGCAACUGGGAUCACGGCGUUGACCGUGCACUGCCGGACAACGCCUAUGCGACCACGCGAGAGGGCCAUCCGAGGCCAGCUACAGAUGAUCCGUGAGGUGUGCCACGAGGCUGGUGUUGCGUGCCUGAUGAAUGGGGAUGUCGAGGAUCGGGACUCUGCCGCAGAGCUCAUCAAGGAGUUCGGUGUCGACGGUGCCAUGAUCGCGACGGCGGCAGAGAAGAACUCGAGUUGUUUUAGAACCAAGGCGCAGGGCGGUAUGGCGCCAUGGGACGAGGUGACAGAGACGUACCUCCGCUUUGCGAUGGAAACGGAGAACAGGUUUGGCAAUACAAAGUACAUGCUGAACCAGAUCAUUCCCGGCAAGCAACCUGCCUACAAGCGGGUCCAGUCCUGCAAGAGCUAUACCGCCGUGUGCGAGGCGCUGGGGCUCGACCACUUGAAGGACGCGGCAACCACCGCAGACAAGGCAGUUGGCAUUACUGUCGACACUGGUGCAAAAUCCUCAGCCAAGGUGAAUGGGAAUGCAAAGCGGAAAACUGAAACACGUCCAGCUUCGCAGGUCUCUGAGGAGGCUUCCAGCAAACGUCAGAAGACGGACGAGCCGGCCAAGGAGCCGGCCAAGGACACAGAGAUUCUUCGGUCCCCUGUGGCUCUCUCAGUUUGAACAUACUACACCUCACCAGGACGUCAACUAGCAUAUCCAGGAGUGGAAUUUGGAAAAGUUUUGGCAAUUUGGCGUUGUUGGUAGCAUGCAUGGACAAUACGGGUUUAGACAAAGAUAUCCAAAGACAAGUUGAUGUACCGGCUGGGGAAAGGUAGUUAGUUGGACUCUCCCCCCAGUGACUGGAAGGCUAGCAUUCGCAUCCUGCUCAUGUUCGUGAUUUUCUUGUACUGAUGCGUCUUGGGGAUUACGUACCAAGCAGACCGGGACUUCAAAUUGUGCCUGCAGCUGCAAUUGUUGAAUCUGGGUGCUGGUGUAUUUUAUUUAGAUGGUGGCUGCGCCACUUAGACGGAACCCGCGACCAUUGGACCUCAUUGUGCAGAUGCUGAUGCUCACAAGAUUUUUAGAAAUUUUCUCUCUAAAACAAAACAUUCAGCCG